AUGCGGACGUUGUCAAUGUUGCCAGUGACUUUGAGCGAGUGGACUGUAACAUCUCACGCCAGGCUGACUUUGACAUCUGGGUCUUCUUCUGCCGCUGACGGGGCAAGGACUUGUCAUCCAGCACCAUCGGAGCGGAUCUCAGUGACAGAGUUCAGAGAUAUAGGGCCAGAGGUCUACAAAUGUAACCUGUUCCGUGACGGCACAUCAGUGGGAGCAAUCGACCCAAAGAAGGACUGGAGCUGGAACUUCACCGAUAUGCUGGGAUAUGAAGACCCUUACUUCACAGAGCUGAUGAGGCUAUACCUUGCCAUUCAUAGUGACCACGAGGGUGGUAAUGUCAGCGCACACACCUGUCAUCUGGUCGGCAGUGCCCUCUCAGACCCCUAUCUCAGCUUUGCUGCCGGGAUGAAUGGAUUGGCCGGUCCCCUUCACGGGUUAGCCAAUGAGGAGGCACUGGUGUGGGUGACCAAGCUGAGAGAGGAGAUCGGAGACAAUGUCCCACCGGAGAAGUUGAGAGAAUACAUCUGGGAUACGCUGAAUAAGGGACAGGUGGUGCCAGGCUACGGCCAUGCUGUGUUGAGAAAGACCGAUCCCCGCUACUUGGUACAACGACAGUUUGCUCAGAAGCAUCUGCCAAACGACCCUCUCCUCAAACUGGUGUCAGAACUGUUUGAAGUGGUACCUGACGUUUUGGCAGAGCUGGGAAAAGUGAAGAACCCUCGGCCCAGUGUGGACGCUCACAGCGGAGUCCUUCUGCAGGACGGAUUUCCACCGCUGUUUUAUCUAGUGCUGCUUCACUGA